AAAUCAGGGACAAGAUGAAAAACAAGUUGAGUGUUGCGAUUUUGUGCUUUUUAAGUUUGUUCGCUAUCAUUCAGGGUUUGAUAAUAAAGCCAGAAGACUUGGACGAUUAUUAUGAGUGCUGGACAUACGCAAAAUGUUUUUCAGAUGGACCACCUGCUGAAAACAUGGAAAACUGCGUCAAGAUUAUGAAACCCGAGGAAUAUGAAGCAACCUACAAAUACGUUGCAGAUAAUUACUACGACUACAAAAGUGAUGACAUAGGUGGUGGCGUAAGAGAAUACUGUAAUCUAGAUGAUUCCACAAGGCGGGAUGCAUAUAACAAAUCAUUGAACGGUAUGAUAGCUUAUCAGAAAAAAGUCUGUGCUGAGCCAGACAAGGCAGGAGCUUGUGAUAGAAUUACAAAAUCAAUUGACUGCCUUUUCCUAUAUUUGGGUCAAUUGAAACAACAGGACCAAUGCAAAACUAGCGGGUCUAUCGGAAAAUUGCCAUUCAAUAAUGCUUAAAAAAGUCCACCUUGUUUUCAUGUAACAAAUAAUUAUUUUCAUAUAAACUGCCUUUCAUUCCACUGAAAUCCUUAGGGUUUAUGUAAGAAUUGAAAUAUUUGAAUAAAUUAAUAUUUAAUUUGAAUAUAAAAAAAAUACAAAUUUAGUCUUCAUUUUUAUUUUACUUGACAAAUUUACUUUUUUAUUUUAUAUUAUAGAAAUGCUUUUCUUGCAGUGCUGUACUUAUGAACAAAACGUUACUUGAAAAUAUGUACCAAGAAAUAAAAUGCUACUUUCAGAUAUUGCAACUUAUUGGUUAAAAUGUUUUUGUAGUUUUGUCAUAUCAAAUAUCUUUUCUCAAGAGCUCCGAAGUGUUCCUUUGUACCUGCGAUUAUUUUUGAAAUUAU